AUGUCGGACUUCUGCACUGAAAUCACACCUCAGUGUCCCGUUGAACUGACCACGUACGGCUACUAUCCAAACCUCGGCGGCAAUACAUUUUUCACAAUCUAUUUUGGUCUCCUCGGGAUCGCGCAGGUAUGCCUCGGAGCUUAUUUUCGGACAUGGACGUUCCUCGCCGCGCUCGGGAUCGGUACCUUCAUGGAAGCGGCUGGGUACGUGGGACGAAUCCUGAUGCACUACAAUCCAUGGUCAACGCCUGCAUUUAGACUGCAGAUUUUCUGUUUGAUUCUGGCUCCCACUUUCAUUGCAGCUGGAAUAUAUCUCACCCUGAAACACAUCAUCGUCUAUAUCGGACCCGAAUAUUCUCGUCUGAACCCGAAACUUUUCACCUGGAUUUUCAUCGGUUGCGAUGUCGGCUCUAUUAUUCUACAAGCUGCUGGUGGAGGUGUAGCCAACGCGGCAGGAACAGACCAAGAUAUGAUCAAUGCAGGUAAUAACAUCAUUAUUGCUGGAAUUGCUUUUCAAGUUGCCACUAUGUCCAUAUGUGGGAUUUUGGCACUGGACUUUUUUAUCGCGUCGAGGAAGCAUUGGCGCGGAGGAUCCCCACGGGAAGACAUGACCGAAAAACGCGGGAAAAGAAUGUGGUGGGGGUUUUCUGCCGAGGUUGCGGCCUAUACCACCGUUUUGAUUCGGUGUAUCUAUCGGUGA